UAAUAGCUUUUUUGUGCCUCCAGUCACUACGCACUUCCUUAUCUCUGGGCUUUAAAAUAGCGGCUCACCGGCCGAUAAUCAUCUCAGAAGUGAACAGAACGAGCUGCCGUGACAAUGCCGCCAAAAGUGCCGAGUGUGGAAAUCUGCAAAGGCGUCCAGAUGCCAAUGUUUGGCCUGGGAACGUAUUUCCAACCGGAAGUGGGUGACGCGACAAAAUGGGCAAUCGAUGCGGGCUAUCGCCUGAUUGACACGGCAGAAUUGUACAGGAAUGAGGAAGAGGUGGGCAAGGCGAUCAAGGAGAAGAUCUCACAGGGCGCUGUGAAGCGAGAGGAGCUGUUUGUGGUGUCCAAAGUGUGGUGCCAUCACCACCGCGAGAUGGACGUCGUGGACGCCUGUCUUAAGAGCCUGCAGAAGCUUCAGCUCGACUAUCUGGACCUCUACCUGAUCCAUGCUCCGUUUGCGGUUAACUAUCGCGGAGAUGACAAGUUCUUCCCCUACCGGGAGGACGGAGUGCUGGACACGAACGAGGUGGACUUCAUGGAGACCUGGAAUGGGAUGGAGAAGUGCGUCGAGAUGGGACUCGUGAAGAGCAUCGGAAUUUCCAACUUCAACACCCAGCAAAUCGACCGGAUCCUCGCGGAAGGCAAGGUAAAACCGGCGAAUCUGCAGAUCGAACUCAAUCCGCAGCUCACGCAGAAGGACGUGUUGAAGUACUGCAAGGAGAAGAACAUCUCCGUGAUGGCUUUCACGCCUCUCGGGCGCCCCAAUUUUGAGACAAAGACACCAGCUUUCUUAUUUGACGAUCGUGUAUUGAACAUUGGCAAAAAGUACGGGAAAAACGCAAGUCAGGUCAUUCUAAGAUAUCUGAUCGACUGUGGAACUUGUCCUAUUCCGAGGUCGGUGAACAAGCAGAGAAUCGAAUCUAAUUUCGACAUCUUUGAUUUCCAAUUGACGCCCGAGGAAAUCUCUACCAUCGAUUCCUUCAACGAGAACAAACGCUACACAAAAUUCACCGACGCCAAAGGACAUCAAUACCAUUUUCUGCCUCUGGAGGCGUUUGACUAGACGAACACAAUAAUUUUCGAUGCAAAUGUUACAAUGCUUCAGGAAUUUUAUCAAAAUUGAGUACCUUUUUGUAAAACAAAAAUGAUAUACGGAACCAUGUGAAAUAAAAAAAAAUUCACCCUUUAA